GUCAUCGCGUUUGCGUUCUGCCAGUGACAGUGCUUGUGAUUUUAUGCGGUGUACUUUUCGAAGCAUAAAUUAUAAAGUAAAAUUUAGAAAAUAAAACACGCAGCUAGGAAGCGUGUAUUCCAAAAAAUAGUUUCUAAUUCAACAUUGCGGCUGCCUACCAGGAACCAUGACGGAUGUGUUGGACAUUUAUAAUCACGAGGAAUUCGAAGUGGACGAAGACGGCGAUCAGGGAAUCGCUCGGUUGAAGGAGAAAGCACGUAAACGCAAAGGACGCGGCUUUGGCAACGAGAGCAUCCCUCGCGAGGCAAUCGAUUACGAACGCCUUCAAGAUGAUGAAGACGAAUCCGAGCCCGGGCCGCAACGUUCAGUGGAAGGAUGGAUUCUCUUCGUAACAUCGAUUCAUGAGGAAGCACAAGAAGAUGACAUACAGGAAAAGUUCUGUGAAUUCGGAGACAUUAAAAAUAUACACCUGAAUCUGGAUCGUCGCACCGGUUUUCUAAAAGGGUACGCUUUGGUCGAAUACGAAACCUACAAACAAGCAUUAGCGGCAAAGGAGGCACUUAAUGGAUCAGAGAUUUUGGGUCAAACUAUCGCCGUUGAUUGGUGCUUCGUGAAAGGCCCAAAGAAGCUGAAAAAGUCUGGCGAACGUCGGAGACGAUAGGGAAGAACAGCUUUUUGACAAGUUUCUUAUUUAACUCAUAAACAAAACAUGUAUUAAACGAAAACGUAUAAUAAAACCAGGAUUUAAUAACAAGAAACAAAACAGAAUUUGGGAGUCCAAUUUGAUGUUCUCUGAAUUGCCCCCGCACGUUGUACUGUCCGGAGUUGGAUUAUGGCCAAUAUUCAUCAGUUCUUCCAAUAGUUCAUUCAAUUCUUUUUCAUGUGUAACUUUUGUUCCGGUGGCCGUCGAUGCAGAACACUGUCGGCCAGUGUAUCUAUGAGAGGAAUAAUAUGUUAGCGGAAUAGGAGAACUUGUUAAUUUCUAUUGUAAAAAAAAAAAAAACAAUUAGUAAUUCGAGUUAUUCUGUCCGUUCCAUCACGUUCAUUUGGUUGACGUGGAAUUUGUGACAUGAGUGUAGUUAAAUUUUAGAAGAAUAUAUUUUUUCGUGGAAUUUCAAUUUUAAAUAAGUUGUACGGCUGAGAGAAGAAAGUAUAAAGUACGAAUACCUAAUCAAGAACAAAAAUAAAUGGUUUAAUCGCCAAUUGACGAUGCUGAUUUUCAAUUAGCAAAUCUCAUAAUUUCAUUAAUUUUUAGAUUGGUUAUUCAAGGUUAGUCACUAACAAUUUCACUUUUGAAACACUUAUUUGCAGAGGAACGGCAAUAAGAAAUCCUUACAAAAACUGGCUUUUUAACCAAAGUAUAGCUUUCAGAAAGUUAAUUCGGAUCAAAAAUUUAUUCAUUCUUGAUGCUCUUAUUUUUAUUUUUCACGAGAUGAUUUGCUAUCGUAAGAUACAGUUUUUGUAUGCUUUCAGUGCAUUGGGGGCUGCUUGACUAUCUGAGAAAGUGUAGAUGGCAUACCUAUAUUUCCGAGCCAAACAAAUACUUGUGCAUGUUAAAAUAGCAUUUAUUCAAGCUUAAAAAACUGUGGACCACUGUUCCAUUGGAAUUUAAAUAUGAUCACUGGUCAGUGUCCUCAGCGCCUGUAGAUUCACCCAUUUUAAAGCCAUCUGUAUAAAAUAUGACUUAUCCUGGACGAGUUUUAGGACCCCUUCUUCCUAUUCGCUGCGAUCGGAUUCAAUCACUUUGAAAGUAAUAUUGAAGUUAGUCUUAGAGUCCAUUCAUGAUUACAAAUGUGUUCAGUUGAAAAUCUUCGAGGAUUCAUAAAUGUCCCUUGAGAUUCUCUUUAUGGUAAUUUUAACACGUUUGAGAGCCUCUUUUCGGCUUCUAGUUGAUGGCCGAGUAUAUCCAGUAUUUAGAGCGAAUGUUAGAGAACGUAAAUAUUUUUGAAAAACUUGUUGUGUGCUAUUUAAAAAACUAAAAGAAAAAUAAAGUCAGUUUAAGUUUAUUUUAGAAAACAAAAAAUCUAAUGAUGUUGCCAACCACUGGUCGUGUUGGUGCUAGAUCAGUGGAACUUUGAAUUGAGUGAACGUCUUCAAUUUCAGUCUUUGGCGAGGAAACACGUUUGGUUUGAUAAAC